AUGGCUGGACUUAGUGGUAACAUCACUCUUCAACAAGGUCCUAGAAGUGAUCAGCUUGGCCAUAUGGGUGGAGCUCAACCAGAAGCAGAAAAUACACUUGAAGAGCCAGUAUCUGAAACAAUUGUAAGAAAUAUUUAGUUGCGCGAUUUAAAGAGAAUUGCAUUUAAGCUGAAAUAUGUGCUGAUCCCUAGAUCUGCUGAGCAGGAAAAAGCCAAACAGCUUCGAGACUGGGAUUUAUGGGGACCUCUACUUCUUUGCUUAUUUUUGGCACUUACUUUGUCAAUAUCAAGUUCAUCAGGAAAUUCUGAACAAGACACUGCAAGUUUGGUGUUCGGGAUAGUAUUUGUUGUUGUUUGGGUUGGUGCUGCAAUUGUAACUAUCAACGCCCAGCUUCUUGGAGGGAAUGUAUCAUUCUUCCAAAGUGUAUGCUUGCUUGGGUAUUGCAUUUUCCCGAUGAAUGUGGCAUCAUUACUUGUAAUCAUUUUGGGAUUUGUGCCUUAUAUCAAAAUUCCGAUUGUUUUAGCAGGAUUUGCAUGGUCUACACUGUCAUCAAUUGGUUUUAUGACCCAACUUGUGCCAGAGAGCAGAAAAGUUUUACUCCCCCCUCCUAGCGAACAAAACCAUUAAAAAAAUCCACCCUCCGUGAGUAAACAAAAAAUUUUUUAAACAUACAUAUUUUUUGUGAAAAAAUAUUUUGAUAUAUUAGUGAUUGUUAGUAUAAUGAAAUUUCUAACUAAUUCUAUUCAAUUUUAAACAAAUUGCAUUUUAAAACAUAAUUUUCGCAAGUUAAAUUAAUCUUUACUACUCAAUUUUUAUGAGUUGGAAUUUUUUUAAAUUUUGAAAAGCAUUUGACAAUAAAAAAAUUGAACAAUUUUUUCUGCGCUCAUGGAGGAGGGGAGUUAGCAGAGUAUCCAGUGAUUCUUUUCUACCUAUUUCUAGGCUGGUUUAUCCUGGUCAUUUAG